GUUUUGUCGAAUCAAUCCCCGUAUCAUCCCUUUUCCUUCAACCAUGUUGUGGACCAAUGCUUUAUGUCUAAGAGAUUGGUGACCAGUUCUAAAUUCGAUCCAGGUGAUCGACAUGAUUCUUACCCUAUUUCCCCCAAAUUCCCAUGUUCAAUUAUUGAAAAAGAGAGAGAGAGAAAUAGGUUGAAUCACGUAGAUAGAAAUUAUGAGCUGCUUCUGGGGGUGCCAAUCCCAGAGAGAGGCGUCAAAACACAUGACCAGUGGAUUACAGCGUCUUAGCAGAGGCGAGGCUUCUCGAAUUGAGAAGGCCAGCGACGGCUGCGUGACACCCAUUGGGAAAUUGAUGGAGGCACGACGGGGAGAGGCGGAGAUAGGAUUAGGCUGGGUCUCCGGUGGAGCAUGCCGGAGCAGUAGCGACAGAGGCUGGCAGGGAUGGCAUAUUGCCCGACGUCCCACAUGGAUCCGGUCACAAGGACGAGAAUUCGUGGAAUAUUGCUCCCUAUAGGAAGAGAACGGGGCCAUUCUUAGAAAUUUUUAA